CCGCCCGCUGCCAUUGCCCUACUGCAAGAGAGUGUGAUUCUCAGCCCCCAGCACUUGACCAUUUACAUCCUCUCCCUUCUUGAGGACCUGGUCUGUGUCUCGGUCAAUAAUAAGCUGCGCGGUGUCUCAUUCCUUUUUCCAAAAGACACCACUCCCAGCGCAGUCUGAGGGUUCCGCCGCCGCCUACAGAUUCUCCUCGGGAAUCAAUCAAUUCAAUCGCGAUAAGGGUGAAAAGGGUCCUCAAAGCACCCUCUCCACAGAAUGCCUCGCAAGGCCAUCGAUUCGCGCAUUCCGGCGCUCAUCCGGAAUGGUGUGCAAGAGAAGAAGAGAAGCUUCUUCGUCGUCGUCGGCGAUCGCGCCAAGGAUGUCAUCGUCAACUUGCACUACAUCAUGUCUAGCGUCGACGUCAAGCAGAACAAGUCCGUCCUGUGGGCUUACAAGAAGGAUCUGCUGGGCUUCACCAGUCACCGCAAGAAGCGCGAGGCUAAGAUCAAGAAGGAGGUGAAGCGUGGUAUCAGAGAGCCCAACCAGGAGGAUCCGUUCGAGUUGUUCAUCACUCUCAACCAGAUUCGCUAUGUCUACUACAAGGAAACAGAGAAGAUUCUCGGUAACACAUACGGCAUGUGCAUUCUUCAAGACUUCGAAGCUAUGACGCCCAACUUGCUCGCUCGUACCGUCGAGACCGUGGAGGGAGGUGGUAUCGUGCUGCUGUUGCUGAAGGGAAUGAACAGCUUGAAGCAACUUUAUACUUUGUCAAUGGAUAUUCACUCCCGGUACAGGACCGAGGCGCAUGACGAUGUUGUGGCCCGUUUCAACGAGCGUUUCAUUCUUUCCCUCGGCAGCUGCGACUCCUGCCUCGUUCUCGACGACGAAAUGAACGUUCUGCCCAUCUCCGGAGGCAAGAAUGUCAAGCCGCUGCCACCCCCGGAAUCAGUCGACGAGAACAGCACGGGCACGAAGAAGGAGUUGAAGCAGAUCAAGGAGAGCUUGGAAGAGUCCCAACUGGUUGGGCCUCUUGUGAAACUGGCGCGCACCGUUGAUCAGGCCAAGGCUCUUCUUACAUUCGUGGAUGCAAUUGCUGAGAAGACGCUUCGUAGCACUGUGACAUUGACUGCCGGCAGAGGUCGCGGUAAGUCGGCAGCUCUUGGUGUGGCUAUCGCCGCCGCCGUGGCCCACGGAUACAGCAACAUCUUCAUCACCUCGCCUAGUCCGGAGAACUUGAAGACCCUGUUCGAGUUUGUCUUCAAGGGUUUCGAUGCGCUCGGCUAUAUGGACCACGUUGAUUACACCAUUCUGCAGUCGACAAAUCCCGAUUUCAACAAGGCUGUUGUCCGUGUCAAUAUUCACCGCCAGCACCGCCAGACUAUCCAGUAUAUUCAACCCCAGGAUGCACAUGUUCUUGGCCAGGCCGAACUCUUGGUGAUUGAUGAAGCCGCUGCUAUUCCCCUGCCUCUGGUCCGCAAAUUGAUGGGCCCGUAUCUGGUGUUCAUGGCUUCCACAAUCAAUGGUUACGAAGGAACUGGUCGGUCGCUUUCCUUGAAGCUGAUUCAGCAGCUUCGGGAGCAAUCAAGAGGAGGACUGAAGGCCAAUGGCGAGGAGGAGAUUGACGUCGCUGAUCGGGCGACCGGCAAAGCGGCCAAGAAUGCCGACAAGGGCUUGGGUGGUCGUUCGCUCCGUGAGAUCACCCUGGCGGAGCCCAUUCGUUAUGCUCCUGGCGACUCGGUGGAGAAGUGGUUGAACAAGGUCCUGUGUCUUGAUGCAACUCUGCCCAAGUCGCGGAUGAACACCCAGGGCUGCCCCCACCCCUCUCAAUGUCAAUUGCUUCAAGUCAACCGUGAUACCCUAUUCUCCUUCCAUCCCGUUUCCGAGAAGUUCCUGCAGCAGAUGAUGGCCCUCUACGUGGCUAGCCACUACAAGAAUACCCCUAAUGACCUCCAGCUCAUGAGUGAUGCUCCCGCACACCAGUUGUUUGUCCUUGUCCCUCCGAUUGAUGAGGAAGCUACCAAGCUUCCCGAGCCCCUUGUCGUGAUCCAGGUUGCGCUGGAAGGUCGUAUCAGCAGACAAAGCGUCCUUAACAGCUUGAGCCGCGGCCAACGAGCGGGAGGAGACCUGAUCCCUUGGCUCGUCAGCCAACAAUACCAGGAUGAAGACUUCGCCGGUCUCUCCGGUGCCAGAGUUGUCCGUAUCGCCACGAACCCCGAAUACCUUAACAUGGGUUACGGCUCCCGCGCGUUGGAGCUGCUGACCGACUUCUAUGAGGGCAAGUUCACCAGUCUGUCGGAGGAUGCCGUCGAGGCUCCGGAGGAGAUGGUCCGCGUGACGGACGAGGAACUAGCCAACUCCAGCCUUCUGGAUGACAAUAUCCAGGUCCGGGAUAUUCACAAGAUGCCACCUUUGUUUGGCAAGCUUUCCGAGCGCCGCCCGGACGCUUUGGACUAUCUCGGUGUCAGUUUCGGUCUGACCCCCUCUCUGCACAAAUUCUGGAAACGGUCCUCCUUUUCCCCCGUCUACCUUCGUCAGACCCCCAACGACCUGACCGGCGAGCACUCGUGUGUGAUGUUGCGCACGCUUGCCACCGGCCCCAACGAUGCCAGCUGGCUGGGCGCGUUCUCGCGGGAUUUCCACAAGCGGUUCAACUCGCUCCUGUCGUACCAGUUCCGUGAAUUCCCCUCCGUGCUGUCGCUCAGCAUCUGCGAGUCCGCCAAUGCCGGCGCCAAACUCGACACCUCCUUCUCCCCGCUCUCCCUGACCAAGGCCGACCUGGACCGCGUCUUCUCUCCCUUCGAUCUCAAGCGUCUCGACAGCUACGCCAAUAACCUCCUCGACUACCACGUCAUCUUGGACAUGGUCCCCACGAUCGCCGAGUUCUAUUUCUCCGGCCGUCUCAGCGGCAAGGUCAGCCUUUCGGGCGUCCAACAGUCCAUCCUCUUGGCCAUCGGUCUGCAGCGCAAGAACAUCGAGGCCCUGGAGAAGGAGCUCAGUCUCCCCUCCCAGCAGCUUCUGGCCAUGUUUCUUAAAAUCAUCCGCAAGAUGUCGACACACUUCCGUGCCGUCAUUGAGGGCGCCGUCGCCGAGACCAUGCCCGCUCAACAGGCUGCCAUCGCCGCGCGGGACGUCACGGAGGCGCACGACGAGGUGAUGGACGACCGCUUCAAGCCUUUAGAGACGGAACUCGAUGACGAGCUCCGCGAGGGCGGCCAACAAAUCGACCAGGAGCUACGCGAGAAGCAGCGGGCUCUAAUCGACGCCCUUCCUCUUGAAAAAUACGAGAUCAACAACGGUAGCACCGCCUGGGACGACGCCGAGAAGCAAAUCCGUAACGGCGGCGCCUCCACCGUCAGCGUUAAGUCCUCCAAGCAAACCAAGCGCAAGAAGGGCGAGUCCGCCCGCGAGAUCUACGAUCAGGAGAUCGACUCCAAGCGACAAAAGAUCAUCAAGAAGGGCACUGAGGGUCGGAAGAAGAAGCACUGAAAAAGGCCCGACUGUAUUGCUAGCAGCGAAGCACGCAAGAAACACAAAAAGCAUUCUUUAAUUAAUUGUGCUCUGAAUGGGAGACAGCAAGGGGAAGGAGGGGGCGCCACUUGACGGAAGAGGUAGAAACAACAAAAGCCUUGAGCACAUAGUCUAUGAUAUAAAGAUUUUCUCUUGAUCCCUUUUUUUUUUUUUUCUUUUUCCGCUUGUGUACACUGCCUUAAUGCGU